UUGCGAAAUGGCUCAAGAACGAAGAAGAAAAUGGCUGCCCAGUUAUGGCUAGACGAUGAAAAUUCAUCCCACUCCCAAUCGAGUAAAGAUGAUGUUCAAGACCUUUUUGUGUUUGGUUAUGCCUGUAAAGUUUUUAGGAAUGAUGAAAAGGCUUUGUACGUGGACAAAGGAAAACACCUUAUUCCAUGGAUGGGAGAUGAAAGACUCAUGAUUGACAGGUAUGAUGGGCGUGGUCAUUUAUAUGAUCUAAAGAGCGUGGAUGCUGAUAAUGUAGCAAAGAAGGAUUUAACAGAUGAAGAAGAACAGAUAGAGAAAUUAUGUGACGAAGAAAGAUAUUUAGAAUUAAAUACAGAUAUAGCUGAGAAAACUGUUUAUGAAGAAGAAGAAUGGAAAAGAUAUUAUGAAGCCUUACAGACUGGUUAUAAUGCUGUAGGUUUUAGUUAUGAACAGCCUAGACAUGAAGAUGACAUUUAUCAUCAAGAUGUCCAUCAGCCAGAAGAAGAAAAACCCUUUAUCCCCCCUCCCGGAUUAUGUGUUCCUAUUCAUCUAGAAUUACCAGCGACCGUGAAGAUAAAUGCUGUUAUUGAAAAGACGGCUAAGUUUAUAGCAGAACAUGGUGCCCAGAUGGAAAUCGUACUUAAAGCUAAACAAGCUGGAAAUAGUCAGUUUGAUUUUCUAGAUUAUAAUGGACCACUUAAUGGUUACUAUAAAUUUAUGGUCAGUAUCAUCAAGAGUGGAAAAUAUGUACCCAAAUCAGAUGCUGCAGAAAUACAGAGACAAGAAAGUCAUGAAGGGUAUGAUCAUCAUGAACAUGGUUAUUUACAUAAAUCAUUAGAUACAACUAAAGUGGAACCUGUUAAAUCAGUAAAGAUACCUGUAGUUUCUAUACAUGAUACACCAUAUGGUCAACUUAUUAAAUCCAUUAAAAAACAUCAUAGAGAUGAAGCAGAAUCCACUAAUAGUUCACUUCAACCACCACCUCUACCACCAUACACACAGCAACCAUAUCAUGAUAGAGAAGAUAGUGGACAUGAUGAUGUACAAACAUAUGGAAAUGAUGGUAAUAGACAAUCCCCUGCACCACCGGGUACUGAACCUGUAGAUUUACCACGACAGCAUGUAUAUUUAGAUAAUAUGUCUCAACUUAAAAGUGAAGAAGUUAAUCCUAUUAUUCCCCCACCACCUGAUAUACAACCUAUUAUAGAUAGAAUGGCCAUGUAUGUUGCUAAAAAUGGUAGUGAAUUCGAAAUGGUUGUGAAGAGUAAAAAUGAUGCCCGCUUUCAAUUCUUGAAUGAUUGGCAUGUUCAUUUUCCUUAUUAUGACUUCAGAAAGAAUCUUCAUCAAAAGGAGAUUUUAAAAGAAAAGAAACAAAAGGAAGAAGCUACGGCAGCGUUAUUGAGUAAAGGUGUUAGUUUUUCUAUUAAAACAAGAACCAAAGAACCUGAGUCAGUGGCACCAUUGAAGAAACCGUUAUUUGAUUACGGUAGUAGUGAUGAUAAUGAUGACGAAUCUGAUAGUCAGAAAGAAACAUCUGUAGCAUCAUCACCUAGAACUGAUAGAACAGAUAAUAGUAAUAAUAAUAAACAAGAGGUUAAUACAGACUCUAAUACAGGUUAUAUGUCUUCUGAUCCACUAGAUGAAGUUGAUGACAAAAAAAUAGCUGAGGAUCGACUGAUGAACAGAUUAGCAUCUGCUGCUAGAGAAAAGUUAGCACAGACGAGUAAAGAGAAACAAAUACAAGCAGAAAGAAAGAGAAAGGCAGCCAUGUUUAUUUCACUACUUAAAGGAAAGAAUGGUUCUGGACCUGAUGAGAAUGAGAAGAAAACACCAGUUGUAUUUGAUUAUGGCCACAAAUCAUUAGGUUCUAAAUCUCAAUCACCUAUCAGUGAUAACAGAGGUGUUUCACCUCCAAAGUCUUUUAGUAAAAUUAGAAGAUCCAGAUCACGAUCUCCAGUCAGAAAGAAUUCUUAUUAUUCUAGUAGUAGUUCUCGGAAGUCGAGAUCCCCGUAUGUGAGUCGCCAAAGAACGCCUAGAACGUCUCCAAAAAGAAGAAGCCGAACUCCUAGAAUUUCUCCUAAGCGAUCAAGGUCACCAAAACAUAAAUCUCCUAGAAUUAGUCCCAGAAGAAGUAAAUCGCCUAGUAAAUCUAGAUCAGAACACAGAUCUUCUAGAAGUAAAUCUAGAUCGGAUGACAGAUCUUCUAGAUCGAGAUACACAUCCAGAAGACAUUCUAGAUCCAAAGAAAAAAGUGUGAGUGAAAAAUCUAAAAUUGAAAUUCCCCCCAGUGAAACAAUCGAGUCCCUUAAACUUAUGAUAAAACAGGAAAAAUUGGACCCAAUCUUUGAUAAAGCUAGUAAUACCAAUAUCAGCCUUAUUGACAAUUCUAUAUUAAAUACUGAUCAUCCUAGUGAUAAUAGUGAGCACAUUUCUAACAUUGUGAUGGGACAAACUGAAAAAUCAACGGACAGUGAAAACAGUAAGUUAGAGUCAAAUGAUGUGUUAAGCGAUGUUGAAGAAAAAAAUAAAAAAAUAAGUGAAACAGACAAUGACCCUCAAACUACUGAUAAUAUCCCUCCACCUAUAGAUAAACCAGAACCACCUCCUGAAGAAUCAGAUGAUGAUAUUGCCAUCAUAGAACCCCCACCAAAAAUACUACCAGAGCCCGAACUUGUGGUUGAUCUGACAGUAGUUAUUGACAGUGAUUCUGAUAAUGAAAAAAAGUCUUCAAAGAAAUCUAAAAACGCUAAAAAAAGAAAAAGUCGUUCAAGAUCCCCUGUUGCUAAGAAAAAGUAUAGAAGGUCAAGGUCACCUACUUAUAGUAGACCAAGACGAAGAUCCCCAUCCCCCCUACCUCCACGAAGGCGAAGAUCACGAUCCAAAACACCAAAACGAAGGAGCCGGUCAAGGUCCAUUGCUAAGAAAAGUCGUCACGCAACAUAUAAGACAUCAAAAAAACAUCGAUCUAGAUCAAGAUCCCCUACAAAACAUAGAAAACAAAGGUCACCAUCUCCUAAAAGAAAGUCUCGCUCAAGGUCUCCGAUCAAGAAAACAUCAAGAUAUAAGUCAAAGUCUCGGUCACCUAGAAGUAAAAGGUCAAGAACUCCUAAAGUCAAAAAGAGUAAAAAGAAUAAAUCACCAUCAAGGUCACCUAAAUUACAUAAAAAGAAGAAAAAUAAAGACAAGGAUAGGGAACGAGAAGAAGGAGGCAAAAGUAAAGAAAAGACAUCAGCAUUUAAAAGUUUAGCAGAAGUAGUUGAAAGUCAUAGUAAAAAAGAUAAAUUAGAAGAGAGACUUGAGACUAAAGAAGAAACAGAUAAUACAAAGUAUUCUAUUGAGUCGAAUGAAACAUCACAAGAUGUACCUUAUGAAUUAACAUCUUCUCCAGCACCACCUACUAAUUUAUUAAACAAAGUUCGUGCCAUGUUAAAGGCAUCAAGGGAUGCGAUGAAAGACGAUGAAGAUGUGAGAUAACAUUGUAUAGUAAUUAAAGACUUUAUCUAUGUCAAGGAUUGUAUAUGUUGAGUGAGGAGUGUGUUUAUAAAUUGUACAUUGUAAAUAAAAAUAUCUUAUUAAAUUGUCUUCUAAUAUCA